UAGUACUCGCACACACAUACACACUCACAUGCAAAGUUCGUGUACAUAUACCCAUACACGAUAUAACAGCUAACUAUACGUUGUGUGCGCGGAGUCGAGCGCACGUCAACGCGCGGCUGGCCGAGCUUCAUGUCGUGCAGUUAUCGCGUCGCGCCAAGUGCCAGCACACACAUGCCAGUAGCAGAAUGUAAUUUGCCUGGCGUUUUCGCCUCGAUUCACUGUAAAUAAAAAUAUGUUGUGUAUUAUAUCGCGAGUGUUAUGACUUGAGUGAGAACAACAACAACAAAAAUAACAAAAAAUGGAAGUGAGAAAGAGAAACAACAACGAUGCCAGUAACAAGGCCAGAGGUGAAGCUAGACAGGCUGCUGCUGCUGCUGCUGCUACGACGGCUGACUUCUCUGCUGCCGAGUUCAUCGACAGGGAGAAAGUUCGACGAAAUGGCAUAAAAAACGAUAGUGCCAAGAAUAGGUCGAACGAACAGACACACGCGAAAAAAGCGGACGAGUCGUCGGCACGAACUGAAAAUGCAGAAGAGAGGACGAAAACGACUUUGGAUAUGGUCAAAACAGUCGACUCUCAGGAGGAAAGUGGAUUCCUUCCAAAAAUCAAAAUCAACUUCGAAAUAGACCUCGUGACAGUAUUGCUAUUCGUAGGAGGAAUUUUGACGCGAUUUUAUCGUCUAGCGGAACCCGCGAGCAUAGUAUUCGACGAGCUGCACUACGGCAAAUACGUGAGCCUGUACCUGAAGAAGACGUUCUUCUUCGACUCGCAUCCGCCGCUGGGCAAGCAGCUGAUCGCCGCCGCGGCCUAUCUCGCCGGCUUCGACGGCCAGUUCAAGUUCGACCGGAUCGGCUCGCCCUACGACGACUCGGUGCCGAUCUACGCGCUCAGGUUCAUACCCGCGUUGUGCGGCAGCCUCAUAAUACCCACCGCCUAUCAUCUGGCUCUGGAGGUGGGUCUGAGCCAGGCCGCCGCCGCAGCAUCGGCGUUGCUCUUGCUGUUCGAUAACGCACUGCUGACGCAAUCGAGAUUCGUCCUGAUGGAGAGCAUCCUGAUACAGUUUGCGCUCUUCGGACUCUUGUGCGUGCUGAGAUUCAGAAAAGUCAUGAAGGAGCCCGGCUCGCUGGCCUGGUGGUUCUGGCUCGCGACCGGAAUAUUCAGCUUGACCUGUGCACUCUGCGUAAAGUACAUCGGCUUUUACACCCUCUCGUUGGCUCUGUACCUGAUAAUUCGGGACUACUGGUCGCUGAUUCCUCGCAAGCAGGGCGUUUCGAGCCUCAAGCUGUACUACCACCUCGCUGCGCGCGUCCUCACCAUCGGCAGCGUCAUGACUGCGGUGUACCUCGGGGUGUUCUACGUGCACCUGAGCAGCCUCACCAAGGCCGGUCCGCACGACUUCGCGAUGACGAGCGCCUUCCAGGCCAGCCUCGAGGGCGGCCUCGCCAGCAUCACCAAGGGUCAGCCGAUCGAGGUGACGCACGGCUCGCAGAUCACUCUGCGCCACACCCACGGCCGGGCCUGCUGGCUGCACAGCCACGACUUCGUCUAUCCGCUGCGCUACCCGGACAAGCGCGGCAGCUCGCACCAGCAGCAGGUCACCUGCUACUCCUUCAAGGACGUCAACAACUGGUGGAUCGUCAAGCGGCCCGAGAUCGACGACCUCGUCGUGUCGGCGCCGAGCCAGCCCAUCAAGCACGGCGACGUCAUCCAGCUGGUGCACGGCAUCACCAGUCGGGCCCUCAACUCGCACGACGUCGCCGCCCCAAUGACGCCCCAGUGCCAGGAGGUCUCCUGCUACGUCGACUACAACGUCUCGAUGCCCGCGCAGAACUUGUGGCGCGUCGAGAUCGUCAGUCGCGAGGUCAGCGGCGACGUCUGGCACGCCAUCAAGUCGCAGGUGCGACUGAUCCACCUCAACACGACGUCGGCCCUCAAGUUCAGCGGCAAGCAGCUGCCCGACUGGGGCUUCAAUCAGCACGAGGUGGUGGCCGACCGCAUGACCGACCAGAUCGACGCCAUCUGGAACGUCGAGGAGCACCGCUACACCAAGAACGAGGACCAGAAGGACCGCGAGCGCGAGCUGCUCAACGCCGAGAUGAUACCGCUGCAGGAGACCCGGCUCAGCUUCUGGGAGAAGUUCGUCGAGCUGCAGACCAAGAUGCUGCUGGGCGGCGUCGACUCCCAGACGACCCACAUGUACUCGAGCAGUCCGAUCGAGUGGCCGUUCACAACGAGGGGCAUCGCCUACUGGGUCUCGCCCAAGAACAACGCUCAAGUUCAUCUUCUUGGUAACGUGGCUAUUUGGUACUCGGCUACCAUUGCCGUAGCUCUCUAUUUUUGCCUCUUCGUCUUCUACAUCAUGCGUAGAAGACGACUGUGCUACGACUUGACGGAGAGAGAAUGGGCGCGUUUCGUGUCCUACGGCGAGGUCUUGUUCGUGGGCUACUUGAUGCACUACUUGCCGUUUUUCUUCGUCGAGCGUACCAUGUUCUUGCAUCAUUACUUGCCGGCCUUUGUUUUCAAAGUCCUAUUGACAGCAGCUGUGGCUGACCAUAUCUACAAUUUUAUAAGGACGCGUUGUUCAAAGAUAUUUUCACACCUGUGCCUUGUGACAAUUUUAUUCUGGCUCGGAUACUGCGUCUACGUAUUCAAGAAAUUCUCCGUGCUCAAUUACGGCGUUACUCCUCUAACGUCGAAAGAAAUACUCAAGCUUAGGUGGAGCGACGAGUGGGACUUUAUCAUUCACAAGAAAUGAACUCGUGACAAUAUAGUUUUAAACUUUCUAAUUCUAAUUUUUUACAUAGCAUUUUAUAAGACUUGUUAAUGAAAAUGAAGUUGUAAAUGAUAUAGACUGAUAAGAGAAUUUAUUCUAUGCAGUUGUAUAGUAUAUUUUACGAAAUAUUUUUAAAUACUGUUACGCGCUGAUUAAAUGUUUUGAAAAUGAGGGUACGGGUG